UGCCAAAAAUAUCUCGACACGCGACUGUAUGAUCUGUCUUUUCACAUAUAUGGUGGAAUAGAGGCUAAACGUGGCGAAUUCCCGUACGUAGUGGCUUUAGGGUACGAGGAGAAAAAUCUUUCAUCCAUCAAUUACUACUGCGGAGGUAGCUUGAUCUCCGUUGAACACGUGUUAACAGCAGCACACUGUGUGAACAACAUUUACAACAAAGUGCCAAUAGAAGUACGAUUAGGAAACGAAAGUAUAGACAGUAACGCGACGAACGUACAACGAAUUCCGAUAAGUGACAUAAUCUGUCACCCAAAGUACAAGCACAGCUCGAGUUACAACGACGUCGCCAUUUUGAAGUUGAAGACGAAGGUGCUGCUUUCUAGCCUGGUCCAGCCUGUCUGCCUUCAAACCCAAUCCUUAAAUCCAUUGACCAUGACGCCGAAGAUGUCAUUGAUAGUGAUUGGUUGGGGCGGCACGGAUUUCGGCGAGUCGUCCUCCACCAAAUUGAUGAAAACACCUGAUCUCAGAAUCGUUGAUAAAGAAGAAUGCACCAAGCACUACGAGGGAUUUCGAAAGCUACCCUUCGGCAUAGGCGACAGCAUGAUCUGCGCGGUGGAUCCGAAUCGCACGAGAGGGGCGGACGCCUGCCAAGGUGACAGCGGAGGUCCACUGUUGAUGUUCACCGAGAAAGGCGUAAGAGUGCUCGGUAUCACGGCUUUCGGGCAAGGUUGCGGCGGUCCUAUUCCCGGUGUUUACACCAUGGUGUAUUCCUACCUAGAUUGGAUCGAAGAGCAGGUGUGGACGAGCAACAAGGAGAGCAACAAGGAGAGCAAAGAAAUCAUAAAGACAGAGUUUAUCAAUCCUAUUAUUAACAUCACGUUCACGCAUGAA